CCUCUUCCUCUCAACAGGGGAUCAGACGAUACCGUGAGGCGACUUGCAGCUGCUUGAUGAAAAGAGAGAAACAUUCAUUUUUACUGACAGACAGAGGCAUGGAUUCAUGGAUGAGAGGCGUGUUGGUGCUCUUUGCACUGUUCAUGCCUGUUUGCUGUGAAGAAACUUUUUUCACUGAUCCGGUCAUCUGCUACUUCCUGGACGCGUUUCUGAUGGUCUACUGUAUUGGUGCGACGGCGCUGUUCUUCAGAGAAAAAUUCUCCAAGAUGCCACGAGUUCAACCGGAGCCUAUGAAGGGAGAAAAAGGGGGUAUUUACCAGGAACUCGAGAGGCCAAAGGACACCGACACUUAUAAUGUGCUUGAACCCAAAAAAGCAAAGGGAAAAACUGACAGGAAGAAGAGAGCUAAGAAGAGCCAGGGCAAGCCGAGGGAUACCGAUCCGUAUGAAGCUGUUCCCACCAGCCCUCAGCCCACUCCGGCCCCGUAGCGACGCAUCCUGCAGAGACACAGAAGUUUAUUACAGCUGAGAUGAAUGUUAGAUUAUUGCCCGUUUUUUUUAAUGUAAAGACAUUCCUUUUCUCUUCGCUUUUUUCCGUAUCGAUAAGCAGUUCAUUUAUCUAGUGGUUCGUUAGAUAAAAUGUGGUUGGAUUUUUAGCAGACAUGAUGUUUUGCACCGCCGAGAACAGAUAGUCACAUGCACUGUGUAAAACAAGACCAACUUUUUUCCUCACUAUCUGGCAUUAAAUCAGACUGAACAUUUCCUAUUUUAUGUCAAAUUCUUAAGUUAUUUCUAUUUGCUAAAUAGCUGAAUAAUGACAUUA